CAAGCUGAGUCGAGCCGGACAUGGAUCCCGGGACGACGGCGAGGGUGGCGCUGAGAAGGGCUUGGCAGAUUCGUUGAAAUAGCACGUCGGCCUCAAGGUGGCAUCCCUUUUCAGCCCGACCGUCUCUAUGAGUCUCUCCGUUUCGCUUGCCUCCUCUAUCCCCAUCCUGUGCACUUCUACCGCGCCAUGUCCCAGCCCGACAGCAGCAGGCCUGAAAUCCCCAGCAUCGUCACCACGGACCUCUCCUCCACCGUCAACGUCGCCGCCCCCGUAGACAAUGAACACGUCGAGUUCGACGUCCAGCCGCCCACCCCUACUGACCAGACUUUUUUGAGCGCGUCGCCUACCUACCUUUCGCCACCCAGUGCCUUUGGCAGGCGUUCCUCUCUUGACGCGCCCUAUUCGCCCACCGUAUCGCCCACCCUCGGGCAUCGCUCCCCCUCGCCCUCCUACGCGGGUUCCAUCGCGGGCUCGUCCCAGCACGUCCCUCCGAGCCCGACGCUCUCCGCGCACUCCAGCGUGCACUUCGCCAGCUCGCUCGCGCUGCGCGACAACAAGCCCGAACAGAAGGACGGCAUCUCCUCGCUCGGGCUCCUAUCUCCGCACGCCAGCUACAAGCACAAGCGCAAGGGCAGCGUCGCGAGCAGCGUCGGGUCGGACGGCACCGAGCCGGACGUCGCCCCGUUCACGGAGUACGGCAUGGUAAGCAUAGCCGCCCCCCGGCUCGAGGACGAGUACAGGGCCCUGAGCGUGCCGCCGAGCCCCACGCACACGCACUUCGACCAGGCGAGCGAGAACGGCGCGGCGAGCGAGUUCGACGGCACGACGAUGCGCUCGCGAAGCGGCUCGGCGCACAGCCGGGCCAAGCUCAUCUCGCCACAGCCACCCGAAGACAAUGACGGCAAGCCGCCGUCGAAGAAAGGGAAGAAGACCGGCGACGGCCAGGACCACGACGACGACGACAUAGAUGCCCCGCGGCCCGCGCUUGACCUCUCCGCGGACGACGCGCUCGAUGCUGGGCCGUUCGCCUUCAAGCCCUACCGGCUGGCGUCGCUUGUAGAUCCGAAGUCGCUUUCUUCAUUAGAGCAGAUGGACGGCGUGAAGGGGCUGCUGAGGGGCCUUGGUACACAUCCGAAGCACGGUCUGUCUGCCGCCGCAAUCAAGAAGGCGGCGGAUCCACAGUCUGGUGCAGGUGCAGGUGAGAGUGCUGGACAGCGGCAUGACCGACCACCGCAAGAUCCAGGUGGACAAACGGAGACGGAGCCCGUCCCGGGUAUCGUUGUGACAGGGCCCGGGAGCGAGAUUGAUGUUAGCAGUGGGAAGCAGCGUCCUGCGGGCGAUGAGAGUGAGGAAGAGAUGGACGAGAAAGCAUACAACGCUCCGAUGGAGGAACGGCGACGCGUUUUCGGUACGAAUGUCCUGCCGGUGCGCAAGACCAAAUCGCUCUUGCAGCUCAUGUGGCUCGCAUUGAAGGAUAAGGUUUUGGUCCUAUUGAGUAUAGCUGCCGUCGUGUCUCUUGCGCUCGGUUUCUUCCAAGACUUCGGUACACCAAGGCCAGCUGGCGAGCCUCCUGUAGAUUGGGUCGAAGGUGUCGCCAUUAUUGUUGCUAUCCUCAUUGUCGUCCUUGUCGGCUCGAUCAACGACUGGCAAAAGGAGCGUCAGUUCCAAGCCCUCAAUGAGAAAAAGGAAGAACGUGGGGUCAAGGUUAUCCGUGCAGGCGACGAGCGCGUCGUCGACGUGCACGAAGUCGUCGUCGGCGACAUCGCGCUUCUUGAACCGGGCGAGAUCAUUCCGUGCGACGGUGUUUACCUCGGCGGCCACAACGUCCGAUGCGAUGAGAGUGGCGCGACGGGUGAGAGCGACGCGAUCCGGAAGAUCGACUACGAGGAGGCGGUCCGGGCGAGAGACGGCCACGGCGAACACGCCGGAGGGCACUCGGACUGUUUCAUGGUCAGUGGGAGCAAGGUGCUGGAGGGCUAUGGGAGCUACGUGGUGAUCGCUGUUGGUCCCAAGAGUUUCAAUGGGCGUAUCAUGAUGGCGCUCCGCGGUGACACGGAGGACACGCCCCUCCAGCUCAAGCUCAACGACCUCGCGGAGUUGAUCGCGAAGGCGGGCAGCAUCGCGGGGCUCGCGCUGUUCAUCGCCCUCAUGAUCCGGUUCUUCGUGCAGCUGGGCACGAACGACCCUGUGCGCACGGCGAACCAGAAGGGCAUCCAGUUCGUCAACAUCUUGAUCAUCUCCGUGACAGUGAUUGUCGUGGCCGUCCCUGAAGGGUUGCCGCUCGCGGUGACGCUCGCGCUUGCGUUCGCCACGAAGCGGAUGACGAAGGAGAACCUGCUCGUUCGCGUGCUCGGCUCUUGUGAGACGAUGGCGAACGCCAGUGUGGUCUGCACCGACAAGACUGGCACGCUCACCCAGAACAGCAUGACCAUCGUCGCCGGCACCAUCGGGAUCCAUUGCAAGUUCGUGCGCAAUCUCCCGGACAACAGGUCUCGCACGAACGCCGAGGGCGAUCAGCAGACCCAGGACAGGCAGGCGGAAGACGUCCUUCAAGGCACCUCGCGUCCGACGAACGGCAAGCGGAAACACUCCCAGGACUUCUCGAUCGAUCAGAGCGAGAUGAACAAGUUUCUGCACCCGGCGCUGCGUGAGCUGUUUAAUGAUGCGAUCGCGAUUAACUCGACGGCGUUUGAGGACGUGGAUCCGGAGACGGAGGAGCUCGUGUUCGUCGGGAGCAAGACGGAGACUGCGCUGCUGAAGUUCGCGAAGGAGCUCGGCUGGGCGGACUACAAGAAGACGCGCGAGGCCGCGAACAUCGUGCAGAUGCUCCCGUUCUCGAGCUCGCGCAAGGCGAUGGGCGUCGUCGUGAAGUUGGCGGACGGCAGGUAUCGCGUGUACCUCAAGGGCGCGAGCGAGAUCCUCGCGCGGAAGUGCACGAGCUUCGUGAGCGUGAUGCGGGCUGAGGAGGACAGCGAGUCGACUGGCGUCGACACGAGGGAGAUGGACGACUUGGCGCGGGACAACGUGUCAAGGACGAUCAUCUUCUAUGCGAACCAGAUGUUGAGAGCGAUCGCGCUGUGCUAUCGUGACUUUGAGUCCUGGCCACCUGCAGGUGCGUCGUACACUGCGGAGGACGAGGUCGAGUACGAAGACUUAGCGCAAGAGUUGACUCUCAUCGCCAUCACGGGUAUCGAGGACCCUCUCAGAGAGGGUGUUCGGGAUGCUGUCGCGGACUGCUUCAAGGCCGGCGUGACUGUCAAGAUGUGCACGGGUGACAACGUUCUCACGGCGCGCUCAAUCGCGCUGCAGUGUGGCAUCUUCACCGAAGGCGGCCUGAUUAUGGAGGGCCCUGUCUUCCGGAAACUGAGCGACCACGAACUCUUGGAGGCCAUCCCUCGGUUACAGGUACUUGCACGGUCGUCUCCCGAGGACAAGAAGCUGCUCGUGGAAAAGCUCCGUGAGCUCGGUGAGAUUGUGGGCGUCACUGGCGACGGUACGAACGACGGCCCUGCCCUCAAGACUGCGGACGUUGGCUUCUCCAUGGGUAUUGCUGGCACGGAAGUCGCGAAAGAGGCGUCCGACAUUAUCCUGAUGGACGACAACUUCGCGUCAAUCGUGAAGGCGAUCAUGUGGGGUCGGUGCGUGAACGACGCAGUGCGCAAGUUCUUGCAGUUCCAGAUCUCGACGAACAUCACGGCGGUUAUGGUGACGUUCGUUACGGCGGUGGCAUCGGCGUCGGAGUCGUCUGUGCUCUCAGCGGUGCAACUGCUUUGGAUCAACAUCAUCAUGGACACGUUUGCUGCGCUUGCUCUGGCGACGGACCCCGCUUCUCCUGAACUCCUAGAUCGCAAGCCGGACAAGAAGACCUCGCCGCUCUUCUCUGUCGACAUGUACAAGCAGAUCAUCGGCCAAUCUGUCUACCAGAUCAUUAUCAUUCUCGUGUUCCAUUUCUUGGGCAGCAGUAUUCUGGCGUUUGAUCCGCAAUACAGCUCGACGGUCGCGCAGACCACAGUCUUCAAUAUCUUUGUGUUCGCGCAAAUCGCGAACUCGGUGAACUGCCGGCGAUUGGACAAUCACCUGAAUAUCUUCGAGGGCAUUACGCGGAACUACUACUUCAUUGGCAUCACGCUCAUCGAAAUCGGCGUUCAAAUCCUCAUCGUGUUCGUCGGCGGUGCCGCAUUCAGCGUUACGCGAAUCGGCGGCGCUGAGUGGGGUAUCAGUCUGGCUCUAGGCCUCGUCUCUAUCCCUCUGGGUGCCCUUAUUCGUUAUAUUCCCAACGCGCCAGUUGAACGACUGCUGAAGACGCUGCACAUUAUGUCGACCCCUGCCGUUCUUCCGACGACGCGUACAGAUGGCGACUGGAACACCGCGAUUGAACUCGUGAGGGAUAACCUGAACACGUUUGCUCACAUUCGCGGUGGUCGUAUGCGUGCGUCGUCUUAUGUGGACAGGAGCCGCAAGGCCCGCCCGCUCCCUGAGACUGAGCUCGGCUUGCCCUCUAUUAUGACCAUGGUUCCGACGUUGAUUGCGUCAUCCAUCGGGCGGGCACCGUUGAGCCCGAACGGGCUUGCCGACCCCGCUCAGUUUGACCCCUCGAAGUCUUCAGCUGCGCUGUGGGAGGGACGAAUCCAAGUACAUCCAGACACGAAGCCAGACGAUCCCACCCGUCAACGAUGGGGAAAUGAAUCUAGUCCCUGUUAAUUCCGCCGUCUCAUGAUCACGACCCGCCCAUGCACGAUAUUGUACCGAUGCUCAGCCUUCGCGACAUAACGCUACCCUACACCUCUCUAGUCCUCUCUUGUUGAUGCAUCGCAUGACCCAUCCGCCCCCGCGCACGUACCAUACCCGCAAUCCGUUGACAUAAACACAUUCGCAUCCCUAGCCUUAUUCAUCACGGCUGCCAAGAGACAUCGACGGCUCCGACUUCUGCUCAUUCACAUUUCAUCGUUUUGGUACUCGUUGCAUCUUUCCGCGCCCAGACGGACAACUGCCGUCGUCUUGUUAGACGCUCCAAUCCACGACAGUAUGCCUUACGUUUCUCCUUAUAUCACGCCCAAUAGAUACAUUACUGAGUCAGUUUUUGAGGCUUGCGUUUGAAGAUGGCGUCUCAAACUCAUCAGAUCGUCCGCGAAGCUUUAUUUAUUGCGACAUUCAAUA